UGAAGGGAGCGGCGGAAGGGGCAGAAAGCAAACUUUAAAAAAAAAAAGAAGAAGACAAACACGCCGUCAUUUGCGUCCACGUUUCGGCGUCAAGAAGCCUCCCACGGAACACAAGAAGCAACACACCGUGAUGAGGAUGCUGCUGACUUUGCUUUGUCUGCUCCCGGUGGCGCUGGUCCGAGGCGACCCCUGCCUCAUCAUCAGCGAGAUCAACGCCGACAACCCAAGACUGGACACCAGCGAGUUUGUGGAAUUGUACCACACCAGCGGACAGAGCCACUCGCUGUACGGAUACACUCUCGUCUUCUAUAACGGGAACGGAAACGUGGCUUAUAAAGUACUGGACCUCCAGGACCACAGCACAGACGACAGGGGCUUCUUCCUGGUGGGCUCGGUGGACAUGCUCCCCAAACCCGCCAUCCUCCUGCCGCCGAACACGGUCCAGAACGGUCCGGAUGCGGUCGUACUCUAUCACACGUCCGCGGCGCGCUACGUCGAGAAGAUGAACGUCACGGCCGUGGGCUUGGUGGACGCCGUUGUUUAUAUGACGCGCAAGACGGGCGGUGCCGAGGUCCUGGCGGAAAUCUUGACCCCGGGGGAGCCGGCGUUUGUCGAGGAGGAAAGCGCCCUGGAGGGGGACGAAUCGAUCGAGAGGUGUUUGUUGUCCAAAGAUCGCUGGGGCUUCAGGGUGUCCUCGCCCUCCCCGGGCCAGAGGAACAACUGCACGCCACCCGCCGCCCCGCCGAGCAUGCCAGUCAUCACCGAGCUGAAGCUGGGAGGCGGUCAGGUGGACGGCUUUGUGGAGCUGACGUCGGCGCCCGAGGCCGGCCCGCUUGUCUUAGCUGUGUUGAGCGGGACAACGGACAGGGUCAGCGUGAGUUUGAACGUGGACCCGAACACCUCCAGGAACGGACUCAUCGCCGUGACUGUAGACAAGAGCUACAUGAAAGGAGAUGAGUCCAUGGCAGUCGCCAUUUACAGCGGUACAGCUUCAGACUUUCCUGCGGACAGCCCGCUAAGUCAGAUCCAGCCCCUGGACUCGUUUGUGUUCGCCGGCCCGGUAGACAAUCCGAGUGCCAACCUCAUGGAGACCCUCAUCCCGGGCAGGGAGCCUUAUCAGCUAGGCUACAGUUUAAAAGAGGGCGGCUUCUAUCUGAGCCGUUGUGGCAUGGCCACGUGGACCAGAGAUCCUGGCGUCUUCUGGGAGGCCCCGCAGACUCCAGGGCUGCCCAACCAGUGCCCCUGGCCAAAAAUCUGCCCUCACACCAUGGGAGACACCGAGCUGUCCCCGCACCUUCCACCUUGGGGGACCGGUCAAUUCGUGAUCAACGAGCUGAACACGGACACCCCCGGCACCGCUGAGGACGGCGAGUACGUGGAGCUGCGGCACCCAUGGGGACAGCGCGUCUCCCUGCAGGGCAAUUGGAUUCUGUUUUUUAGCGCGCACAACAACAAACCCUAUAAAGAGAUCUGCCUCACCGGACACUUCACCACCGCCAAGGGUUACUUCCUGCUCGGCAGUGACAGGCUGGUGCCGGCGCCUUCUCUCCGCCUGCCUCCCAACACCAUCCAGAACGGGCCGGGCGCCGUGGCGCUGUACCACAGCCCUUACGGGCCGCCGUCGGUGCAGCAACGGGGGUUCCCCACCAGAGGGCUCCUGGAUGCCGUGGUGUACCGCAAGAUGGGGUCCGAUCAGGACGCGCUGGAGCUGACUAAGAUGCUGACACCUGGACAGCUCCCCCUGCUGGAGGAUCCGGAGGUUCUUUCCGGUGAUGAGGCGCUCAGCCGCUGCAAAAACCUGGACCCGUAUGACCUGUCUGCAUUUUCAGUCGCGCCACCAACUCCGCUGAGGGAGAACAGCUGCCCCCGGCUUCCUCCGCCUUCCGAGGGCGUGGUCAUCAACGAGGUGGCGAGCGCCCACUGGACCAAUCACAGCCGGCAGAGGUCCUUCGUGGAGUUCCGCGGACCCCCGCUGACUGAGCUGCGUGGCCUGGUGCUGGUCGUGUUUGACCAGGAACACAGCGGCAGUCUGGCCGCAGUUCCUCUGACCGGAUCUCUCGACCGGGACGGGUUUUACGUGGUCGGGAAUGUCACCGGAGCGGAUCAGACUUUCCCCGAAGGCGGCGACGUGCCGGCGCGAGGAUCCGUCCUCCUGUGCUACGACGUGUUCAGUGUGUGCAGUGCCGCCACCGCCCUGACCAACUCCAGUCGGAGGGACGAGCUGAUGUUCAGCGACGUCCAGCUGCUGCUCACCUCGAUGUCCACUGGAGGGAGCCGGGUUAUCCCAGCCCUCAGGUCAGUGGAAAACGAUGCGGUCUCUCUCAGCCGCUGUAUGUGCUGCGUGCCGAAAAACCCUUCUUCCUGGACCACAUCGUUGCCGACGCCUCGCAGCGCCAACAACUGCCCCAGCUCGGCCUUCUCCAGCCACAUCGACAUUUGCGUCGGACCGCCGGAAGAAUGCAGUGAGCUUAUUUCCACGAGGAGGGUGGUACAAGUUGUCCACUAUCUGGAGCAGAAAUGUCUUUGUGGAAUAUCCUUUUUAUCUCUACAAGAGGCCAACUUCUCGUGCGAGUCUGGCUGGACGCGGGUGCGGGGAAACAUUCUCGCCUUCUCGGACCACCAGAGGGCCCUCAUCAUCCAGACGUCCACCGGGAGCCUCCGCCAGUCCGACGUUUGUUCAUUGCCCACCACUGAUCGGCACACCAGCACAGGUUCCAGUGUGGGUUUACAAAUUGGUGUGGUAGUCGCAGUGCUCCUGCUACUCGCAGUUGGAGUAGCUCUCCUUGCAUAUUUCUACAAAAGGAGGCGUCCUCAGGACUAUGCCACCAUGGAGCUGAGCGAGCACGGGGAGGGACUCUCAGAUCUAUAGUCCAGGAAUAAUCCCAGGUUCAUUUGAGCUGUCUUUAUGUGACUGUGAGAAUUUGUGUGGGCUGUAUAGAAC